AUGAGAAAUCAAACCAUGGUGAGCGAAUUCAUCCUGCUGGGAAUCCCUGAGACAGAGGGCCUAGAGACGGCCCUUUUCUUUGUGUUCUCAUUAUUUUAUUUGUGUACCCUCCUGGGAAAUGUGCUCAUUCUCACUGCUGUCAUCUCCUCCUCUCGGCUUCACACUCCCAUGUACUUUUUCUUGGGAAACCUCUCCAUCUUUGACCUGGGUUUCUCUUCCACAACUGCUCCCAAGAUGUUGUUGUACCUCUCAGGGCAGGAACAUGGCAUCUCUUUCCAGGGCUGUGCUGCCCAGCUCUUCUUCUACCAUUUCCUGGGCUGCACCGAGUGUUUCCUGUACACAGUGAUGGCCUAUGACCGCUUUGUUGCCAUAUGCUUUCCCUUGAGAUACAUGGCCAUCAUGAACCACAGAGUGUGCUCUGUCUUGGCCACAGGGACCUGGAUGGGUGGCUGCAUCCAUGCCAUUAUCCUAACCUCUGUCACCUUCCAGUUACCCUACUGUGGAUCCAAUGAGGUGGGCUAUUACUUCUGUGAUAUACCUGCAGUGCUACCUCUAGCCUGUGAGGACACAUCUCUGGCUCAGAGAGUAGGUUUUACAAAUGUUGGUAUUUUGUCUCUCAUUUGCUUUUUUCUCAUCCUUGUUUCCUACACUUGCAUUGGGAUCUCCAUAUCCAAAAUUCGUUCAACAGAGGGCAGGCAACAAGCAUUCUCCACCUGCAGUGCUCACCUGGCUGCAAUUCUUUGUGCCUAUGGGUCAGUCAUCAUUGUCUACCUACAGCCCAACCCCAGGCCCCUGCUGGGUGCUGUUGUUCAGAUCUUGAAUAACCUUGUGACUCCCAUGCUGAACCCGCUUAUAUACAGCCUGAGGAAUAAAGACAUAAAAUCAGCCCUGAGAAAUGUAUUUCCUAAGAGAAGUCUUGCUGUGGAAAAAUAA